UUCUCUGUCGUGAACGCGCCCGGAUCAGGUGAAGCGGAGCUUCAAAGGGAAACAUCUGGGUCUCAUUUGCCGCUGAAAAUGAAAGCCAGACCCGAACCCGCGCAGAAGUUCUGGUGUCUGUGUUUACACGGGGAAAACCUUCCUCCACAGGCGCGCGCGCACCGAGGGUUUUUUACAGUCUAAAAUUACACGAUGGGCGUCAAACAUCUGCGCGUUCGGGGGGCGGGGGGUCGCUGGUUAAAUGCCGCCCGCCGGAGGCCGAACCAACAGGAGCUCCUCUCAGAGAGGGGGGGUACAGACGGAUCUCAGACCGGCUCUCACACGCGCUUUGGCGCUGCGUCCCGCUCGGCCCGCCGGACCCGGAACCUCAGGAAACCGAGUCAGAGCCGCAGAACCAGUUUUUGUUCUUCCUGUUUGGCUUGCUGGAUAUCCGCCCUGCAUUCACACUGUCAUCGAUCGCACCAGAGUUCACUUGCAACAGAACCUAACUCCCCGUUUUCAGGUUUUCAGAAAGUGUUGAAGAUGUUUCUGCCUCUGAUGAUCCUCCAGCUGCUGCUGCCUGCAGCCUUCACGGUUCCCAGCAUGGAUUCUUGGGACUCGUGGGGUCCUUAUGGCGAAUGCAGUCGCAGCUGUGGCGGCGGCGUGACCACGAGGUCCAGACGCUGCAUCACUCACAGGACAGACGGAGGACACAACUGUGUUGGACCGGACAAGUCCUACCGUUCCUGCAACAUCCAGGACUGCCCAGAAGGUUCCAGGGACUUCCGGGAAGAACAAUGUUCCCAGUUUGACGGCACCAACUUCCAGGGGAAGCGUUACAAGUGGCUUCCAUAUUACGGAGCCGACAAUCCCUGCGAGCUGAACUGCAUGCCGAGGGGGGAGAACUUCUACUACCGCCACCGCAGCGCUGUGGUUGACGGGACACCCUGCCAUCCUGGACGCAGGGACAUCUGCGUGGGAGGAGUCUGCAAGCGCCUGGGCUGUGACAACAUGCUGGAGUCUCCUCUGCAGGAGGACCCCUGCCUGCAGUGUGGGGGGAACGGCCAGUCCUGCCACCUGGUCAAGCACCGCUUCACUGUUCGAGACCUGCCCACAGGCUACAACCAGGUCUUCAUCCUCCCGGUUGGAGCGACAAGCAUCAGCAUCAGGGAGAUGACUGCCACUCGAAACUACCUGGCCCUCAAAAACCUGCGGGGGGAGUACUACCUCAACGGUCACUGGGUGAUUGAGUUCUCUAGAGCCACGCCCAUCGGAGGCACCGUCCUUUACUACCAACGAGGCGCCGAGGGCGACAACGUUCCUGAGAGCAUCGUGGGGCGCGGCCCCACCACCGAGCCUCUGGUUGUGGAGCUGAUCAGUCAGGAGCCAAACCAGGGCGUGGAGUACGAGUAUUACCUCCCGAACGGACGUUCCCGGGAAGGCUACUACUGGAGCUUUGGAUCCUGGUCUGCUUGCAGCAAAGAAUGCGGAUCAGGUUACCAGUCCCGCCUGGUCUUCUGCACCAUCGACAACGAGUCGUAUCCGGACUAUCUGUGCGCGUCUCUGCCCCGGCCGCAGUCCAACCGCACCUGCAACCCCCAGCCCUGCCCACAAACCCGCAGCUGGACGGUUGGCGACUGGAACGCCUGCUCGGUUACCUGCGGCGGCGGAUCCCAGACGCGCAGCGUGCAGUGCGUCUCCCACGACGGCGCCGGCCCCCGGGUGGUGGAGGACGCCCUCUGUGCGGCCUACACCGAGGCCCCGCCCUCUCUGCAGACCUGCAACAUGCAGAAAUGCGCAGAGUACCGUGUAACCAGCUGGAGCACGUGCUCGGUGAGCUGCGGCUCAGGUGAACAGACCAGGACGGUCACCUGCGUGGGGUCAGACGGUUUGACCCUGCAGGACUCCUCCUGCCGCGCUUUGCUCCGCCCCCCAGCGGUGCAGCCGUGCGAGAUGCCCGCCUGCCCCAGGCAGAUCCGUUGGCACGUGGGCCCGUGGGGACUGUGUUCCAAGAGCUGCGGCUCCGGCUCCCGGGAGCGCCAGGUGAUCUGCUCCGACCAGGAGAGGAACCUCUACCCCGUGGACCAAUGUGGCGCGCAGCCCCGCCCCUCCACGAUGGAGCGCUGCAACAGGCAGCCCUGCAACAGCCCGCAAGGCGUCCCCAGCGUUCAGGACCCCCGAGGACACGACCCCCUCGCCGGCUUCCAGCCGUACCUGCUGGACGACGCAGCCCGCAGACGAGACCCGGCGCAGACCAACACCAUCCACGACCCCCACAGCUCCGCCCCCGCCCUCCACUGCAGCCAGUCCUUCUAUGGCUGCUGCCCCGACAGACGCACCGCCGCCUCGGCCCCCCGGGGUCAGGGCUGCCCCCGGGCUCCAACACCAACACCCGGCCCCGAGCAGCCCCCCUGCAUUCAGACCAGAUACGGUUGCUGCCGGGACGGCCUGACAGCGGCUCAGGGCCCCCGCAGGCAGGGCUGCAUGGAGUCUGUGGCCCCCGCCCCCACAGCUGCUUCUCUUCCGACCCAAAACGCUCCCGGCUGUAAACUCACCACCUACGGAUGCUGCUACGACAGGACGACGCCCGCAGGGGGGCCCAACGGGGAGGGCUGCCCAGACCCCCCCAACAACAUUGAGCGAUCCGUCUGCUCGCUGCCCCGCGCCGCCGGCUCCUGCAGCAGCUGGGUGGCCCGCUACCACUUCGACAUCCUCACGUCCAAGUGCGCCCACUUCUGGUACGGCGGUUGCCACGGCAACAGCAACAACUUUAUGACCCGAGCCGACUGCCAGAGGAUGUGCCAGGGCCCCGCCCCCGCCCAGAGCCGGCCCGACGCUCCAUCCGCUCGAGAUCCCGCUCCGCCGAGGACCGCCUCCGCGGGAGAGGUCAUGGGGUCGCGCGGCGCAGCAGGGCGGGGCCUCGCAGCGCAGGGCGCCUCGCCUGGAAGGCAGGUCACGAGCGCCGCCACGCACGCCCACAGGGGCAGGGCCGCCCUGCGACCCCGUCAACCGCAGAGCGGGCCGGCCGCCAGCUUGACCCUGGGGGGCGUGGCCAUUGAUAAGAGCGACCCCGACAGGGUGGAGGCUUUGGUCGGCCAGACGGUGGUGCUGCCCUGCAGCGUCAGCCCGCCGCCUUCAGCCGCCGUGGUCGUGGAGUGGAGGAGAGACGGCGUCGCUCUGUCGUCUCACAGGCACCACCAGCAGCCCAGCGGGUCGCUGCUGCUCGGCCCGCUCACCGAGUCCGACUCGGGCUGGUUCCUGUGCGUGGCCACCCGCGAGCGUGAGAGAGACCACCGCUACGUCUACCUGUCAGUCACAGAGAGACCGGCUCAGCUCGUCCCCACGUCUCUGCCCAAAGAUGCUUCGUUUCCACGGUUCAGCAUCGAGCGCUCCGGCUCCUCGCUGGUGGAAAUGAGGAAAGGACAAACCGCCCGUCUGCCCUGCAUGAUCGUCCCGCCGUCCGCCCGGCACGCCGUCCACGUCCAGUGGACCAAAGACGGACGGACCCUCGGAGACUCCAGGGCGACUCAGCGUUCAGACGGCUCCCUGGUGGUCGGGCCUCUGAGGGCCGAAGACUCGGGGAUCUACACGUGCACCGCCGCCAGUCUGCAGCAGCUGGAGCAGAGGCAGCUGCAGCUCAGAGUCCAAGCAGACCUGAAGAUCACCACGGCGCCCGAUAACAUCCAGGUUCCCGAGGGCGGCAGGGCGCUGCUGCCCUGCGUGGUGUCCGGAGACAACGUCAACAUCGGCUGGUCCAGGAACGGCGUUCCGGUGCGUCCGGACGGGCAGAAGGUUCUGGUGUCGUCAGACGGCAGCCUGAUCCUGACCGACGUGAAGCUCUCUGACGAGGGGACCUACACCUGCAACGCCUACACCGGCAUCUACUCCGUGAGCGCCACGGCGGACGUGAGGGUCACCAAAAACACGCCAGCAGCCUCCAUCUCUUCUCCUGCAGACGUGGACCUGCUGCCCGGCUGCGUGGACCAGCCCGAGCUCGCCAACUGCCGCCUCAUCGUCUACGCCCGUCUGUGCUCCAACCAGUACUACUCCAGCUUCUGCUGCGCCAGCUGCGCCUCCCAGCGGCAGGUCCGGGCGGCUCGCAGGAGGCCUCAGAGGAGGAAUCCAGACUGAGGAGCGGCGGGAACGUCCGGAUGGACGGGUGAACGGCGAGCGUUUCUACUCCGUUCAGAACACGCUGAGGAUGAGUUCUGCAUCAAUCGGACCUUAAGCUUCUCU